AUGGUAAGUAUUUCUCGAAUCUUGAAAGCUUUAUCGAAAGAAUCAAAAGACCUUAAAAAAGAUGCCACCGUCAAGACCACUCACAGUCCAAUUCUCACAUCAUCAUCAGCACUACCACCAGUUCAAAAAAAGGCAAAAACAAGCGAUAUAUAUGAUCCCCCAAAGUUGGGUGUUCUUGCGGCCCAAUUGCUUGGUGAUUUUGUAGAGGAAAUAGAACCUUCUUCUGAUUAUUCUAUACAGAAAUUAAAAAUUCAAAAAUAUCGACUUCAAAUUGAUUCGGAAAUAAAUGAUCCAGAAGUUCGUUGGAAUUUUCGUAAUGGACGUUAUGAUAUGUCAAUGCCUGUUUACUGUCACCUACGUGAACGGGAAUGGAGAAUAAAAGCACUUCCGAAAUUGAUGGAACGAAUAACGCUGAUGUAUGUAAUACCCGACGUGUUUCCGACGCUUGAUCCUACAAUCGACCUUCGGAUCAGUUUCUUGUCACCCAUUGAACCAGGGGUAUGGCAAAAAUCUACAACAACAGAGCGUCAGCCUGAACUGACAUUAACCAGUUUCCAUCAAGACACACGGUUAUAUACUUUAUUCAUGGUUGAUCCAGAUAUGCCCGAUGUAGAAAGAAAAAGUUUCAAAACACAAUGGCAUUGGUUAAUCACAAAUAUCCCGCUCAGUGCCACAAAGCAUACAGUUUCCGGCGGCACUACUCUCCUCGACUACAUCCCUCCGCAUCCACCAAAAGGUACUCCAUACCAUCGAUACACGAUCGGGAUACUACACCAGCCAAAUGAUCACGAGCCACUCGAAAUAGAGCAGCCUCAUCGAUGGAUGAACGUGCGUGAGUUUAUGCAAGAAUAUAGGCUCGAGUUAUGUGGUGCUUCCUUUUUCCGUGGGGAAUGGGAUGAGAAUGUUAGUAUUCGUGAACCGAUCUAUGGACCAAAACCUCCUCCUAAUUUGUAUUUGGACGAAACUGGAAAACGACCACCAAAAUAUCUUAAUUUGUAG